AUGUCUUUGACAACAUAUAUAGUCCUACCAUGUCUUCUCGGGGGCUGGAUUACUUACGUUCUCUGGAACUGGUAUCGACUUCGACAUAUCCCUGGACCAUUCUGGAUAUGCUCUACCAAGCUUUGGCAAAUUACAACACAGAUAAGAGGAAAAUGGUACCUCGAACUAAAAAAACUCGGGGACCAGUACGGUGACCUCUUCCGGAUCGGCCCAAACCAGCUCAUGACCACCGAUGUAGAUAUUAUUCGUCGAAUGGCUCAUCCCAAGUCGGCCUAUACAAAAGGACCGUUCUACCAGACGUUCAGGUUCAACCCUACGCAAGACAACUCCUUCUCACUUAUCGACGACCAGGAACACACCCGCCGCCGAACAAACUUCGGCCCCGGCUACACCGGUAACGCACACGUAGAAGCCUGUGUUGAUCGACAAUCUGCGCGUUUAGUAGACUUAAUCGAACGCAAGUUUAUCUCAACCUCAAGCGAGUACCGGCCACUGGACCUAACAGCGGCAACCUUUUUCUUCGCGAUGGACUGUGUAGGCGAUCUAUCGUACGGUCGACCGUUCGGAUGCUUAGACGAGGGGGAGGACGUCCACAAAUUCGUAAAGUGGAACGAGGACUUCUUUUCAACCGCUAUUGUGAUAGCGAACUUCCACUGGUUAACUAAGAUCUUCUUCAAGCCCCCUUUUAAUAAGAUCUAUCCGUCAACCCUCGACGUUGAUGGCGUUGGCAAGUACAUGGCACUCGCGCAAGCCGCAGUUGAAAAGAGCAUAAGUGACGGCCAGGAUCGACGAAGAGAUGCCCUUGCCGCUUUCCUUGAACAUGACGUUACUAAGGAAGAAGCUAUCAACGAGUUGAUGCUGCAGGUUGUUGCCGGAACAGACUCGACUGCAACGGGUAUCCGUAUGACUCUCCUACUUCUGAUCGCUAAUCCGAUGGCAUACAACAAGCUCAAGGCAGAGAUAGACGACGCAAUCGCGAAAGGAAACAUCAGUUCGCCGAUCAAGGACGCCGAAUCCCGACAGCUACCGUACCUACAAGCCGUCAUCAAAGAAGGUCUUCGUGCAUUCCCCGUCGUAACAGCCACGUUCUUUAAGAAAGUGCCCAAGGGAGGCGACAUCAUCAGCGGACACUUCGUCCCCGAGGGCACUGAAGUCGGCCACAACGUCUUGGGCAUUAUGCGAGCGAAGAAGUACUGGGGCGACGAUGCGGACGUCUUCCGGCCUGAGAGGUGGCUUGAGGUCGACGAGAGUACUUUCGAGAUGAUGGAGGGCGUCAUAGAGACUCUUUGGGGGUCAGGCCGGUAUAAGUGUCUUGGUCGGACUAUCGCCCAGAUGGAAUUGAACAAAGUAUUUGUUGAGUUACUUCGGCGCUUCGACUUCUCCAUCGUCACCCCGCAGAGCCCGGUAGAGAUUAUAAACUCGGGAUUCUUCCUCAUGUCCGAAAUGAAGAUGCGAGUCACGAAAAGGGAGAGUACACACGAGGAGAAUAUAGAGUAA